GCGCGGCGCGCCGGGGACAGCGGCAGACUGUGGCGGCGGCAUGCGGCUUCUCGCGCUGCCCAUCGUGGGCUGAGGCGCCUGCAGCACCGGCGGGAGGCGCGGUGGCCGGGCUAGCCAAGGGCUCAGCCAGCCGAGCAGACCGCGGACAGUGGUCAGGGCGCCGUGCCAUGGGCCGAACCGGGGGCGGGGGCCCGGGCCGGGGGCCGCUGCCACUGCUGCUGCUUCUGGGGGCUACGCUGAUCCUCGCCGCUGGGGCCGUGCCGGCACGUGAAGCUGGCAGCGCGCUGGAGGCCGAAGAGCAAGUGAAGAGCGGCCUGGAAUGGGAGCCGCGUGCCAAUGACACACAGGAGACCUACCUGCCAGCAGCUGAGGAAAAUGAGACCUCAUGGACGGCACCCGGCGGUGAUUUGGCCAUUGUGGACCCAGAGGAGGUGCUGCAGGCAUCAGCUGCAGUGACCAGCACCACCUGGCUAGAGGCUGACAGCCCAGGCCUGGGUGGAGUGACCGCAGAGGCAGGCAGUGGCGAUGCCCAGGCCCUUCCAGCUACACUCCAGGCUCCCGACGAGGCCCUCGGACAUUCAUUAAUGCUCCCAGCCACCCCAGAGGCUACAGAGGCCAGUGAACCACUCUCCCUGAUCCAUGGUGACAAGCUGAGCCCAGCUUCUGAAUUUCCCAAGGAAAGCCCCUUGGAGGUUUGGCUGAACCUGGGUGGCAGCACACCUGACCCUCAAGGACCAGAGCCAACUUACCCCUUUCAGGGUACACUGGACCCCCAACCAGCAUCAGAUAUAAUUGACAUCGACUACUUUGAAGGAUUGGAUGGUGAGGGUCGUGGUGCAGACCUGGGGAGCUUUCCAGGGUCACCAGGAACCUCAGAGAACCAACCUGAUACUGAGGGAGAGACCCCUUCCUGGAGCCUGCUUGACUUAUAUGAUGACUUCACCCCCUUUGAUGAAUCUGAUUUCUACCCUACUACAUCCUUUUAUGAUGACCUGGAUGAAGAGGAGGAAGAGGAGGAUGACAAAGAUGCAGUGGGAGGUGGAGACCUGGAAGAUGAACAUGACCUUCUAGUGCCCACUGAGAAGCCCGGUCUGGGGCCUGGGACAGGUCAGCCUACAAACCGGUGGCAUGCUGUCCCUCCACAGCAUACUCUAGGGGUGGUCCCUGGAAGCAGCAUUGCCCUCAGGCCCCGCCCAGGAGAGUCAGGCAAGGACUUGGCCUCAAGUGAAAAUGGCACUGAGUGCCGUAGUGGCUUUGUGAGGCAUAAUGGCUCCUGCCGGUCAGUGUGCGAUCUAUUCCCAAGUUACUGUCACAACGGUGGGCAGUGUUACCUGGUGGAGAACAUAGGGGCCUUCUGCAGGUGCAACACGCAGGACUACAUCUGGCACAAGGGCAUGCGCUGCGAGUCCAUCAUCACUGACUUCCAGGUGAUGUGUGUGGCCGUGGGCUCGGCCGCCCUCGUACUGCUCCUGCUUUUCAUGAUGACGGUGUUCUUUGCCAAGAAGCUCUAUCUGCUCAAGACGGAGAAUACCAAACUGCGUAGGACCAACAAAUUCCGGACCCCAUCUGAGCUCCACAACGAUAACUUCUCCCUCUCCACCAUUGCCGAGGGCUCUCACCCAAAUGUAAGGAAACUUUGCAACACUCCCCGUACCUCCUCCCCCCAUGCCCGUGCCUUGGCUCACUAUGAUAACGUUAUCUGUCAGGAUGAUCCUGGUGCUCCCCACAAAAUCCAGGAAGCUCUCAAAUCCUGCCUGAAAGAGGAGGAGUCAUUUAACAUCCAGAACUCCAUGUCACCCAAACUGGAGAGUGGCAAAGGUGACCAAGCUGACUUGGAGGUGAACUGUCUUCAGAAUAAUUUAACCUAAACCAGAGCAAGAAGAGGGGAAAUGGGGGGUGGGGUGGGGUAGUGGGAAGAAACGUUAUCUCCUCUUGUACAGAGUCUAUUUCUUGUAACCAUUUGUUAAACUUUUUUCUUUUUCUGAUCUCAUGGCAUGCUUUGAUGUAUUUUGUACAGGAGGCAAAAAAAAAAAAUACAUAAAAUAAGCAAAGAAACUGAACAGGAUUGCAUACAUUGGAUUGUUUUGUCUGUGCUGUCUGUACAUUGCUUCUGCUGCUGUGAUUUCUAAACCCGUGCUGUUAUCAACUGACUUUUUUUUUGUACUUUGACCCACCUUUUUUUGAAAUACCAGUAAAAAAACAAAGUUCUUGAAAUAAAACUUUUUAAAAAG